GUAAAACUUCCGCAGAAAUAACUUGACGCUUUGCCCAGGUAACAGUACUUCAUAGAUGACGGAAUUCUAAGAAACCCAGAUCUUUUAUUUGUUUUGCGAAAGAAGGAAGUAUUGACAGGUCUAAGGUCAAUGAUAAUAGAAUACCGUAUGCUCCUGACAUCCCAUUUAACAACACGAAAGCAAGAUAUGGAGUCAAAAUCGAAUCCCUCUCCGAGUUUGGAGGAAAAACUAGCCAAGGAAAUCAAAGAUAUCAAAGACAAGGCCACGAAGGAUGGUUUAACAAAGAGAGAAAUAAGGGAGCUGUUUUUGAACUAUGUAAAGUCCCAAGAAGCCCCAAAAUCAAGGUGCAAUUUUGGACUUCCUAUGAAAAUACUUUUGGUGAGUCUCCUUCCCAUUAUUUUGGCUAUUGCAACGAUGGUGCUCAAUGCUGAGUUUGAUAUGACUAAAUUAAAAGAGGACUUCAUAGGAUCUAAGUGCCUAGUGGACAAUAACGCAAUACUGAUGGAGGCAGCGAGGCCAUUGGUUGAGUGUGAUGUGUGCAAAAAUCUCAAACAAGUUCCAAUCGUAUAUGACUUGGAUGAAAAAACAUUUGUCGAAAAAUAUGCAUAUUCUAAUGUACCUGCUUUAGUGAAAGGUGCGACAAAGAAUUGGACAGCGAUGGACACAUUUAGCUUUAAAUUCUUAAAGGACAUUUAUACGAAAACUCCUGAUGCGUUGCAAAGUGUUGAAGAGGAAUGCCAAUUUUUCCCUUAUAAGACAGAGUUUCAUACUUUGGAGGAGGUUUUUGAAAUGCCAGAAGCACGGGCUAACUUUGAAGAAGGCCAAAAGAACUGGUAUAUUGGAUGGAGUAAUUGCAAUGGAGAUGUGGCUGAGAUUCUUCGUAAACACUACCAGAGACCACACUUCUUGCCAAAAGAUUCAGAGUCCAGUAGUUUAGAUUGGUUAUUCAUGGGUGGCUCUGGCCCUGGAGCAUUUGUACAUUUAGACUAUGUUCAGAGACCCUCAUGGCAAGCACAGAUCAAAGGGAGGAAAUCCUGGACUCUUGUUCCUGUGCCUGAAUGUGAACAUGUCUGCGUCCCCAUGAACAUCACUGUUGAGAAAGGCGAUAUCAUUUUAAUCGAUACGAACCAAUGGUACCAUUCUACGUUUGUUCAUCCAGGAGAGAUCAGCAUUACAAUUGGAUCAGAGUAUGACUAAAAUAUGGACUUAACACUCCACCAAUUAGAUAGAACUCAACCUUAACAUAGCCAUAUUUGGCUCAUUCAUGUUGCCUUUUGGCGGCAAUUACCACACUUUACUCAACCUGAUCUGGGUUUUAUCAUAUAUUUUCGUAAUAUGUAAAUAGCAGAAUGAGAGAAACUAAACUGUAUCUUCUAUACUAGAGAAACGAUCUAGCCACUAGGAUUGUCAGUGAAAAUAACAUUAUUAUAAGUCAGUGGUGUACUGUGGGUAUUUUGUGAGUGUACGCCACAAUUUGCGAAGCGAACGAGCUUUGAGGGGGGUUUGGGAGGGGUUCUCCCUAAAAAAAUUGUGAAAUGAGAUUGCAAUUGAGCAU